AUGAGAGUGGAGGUGGGCUCGAUCCCCUACUACAUGAAUCGACCCAAAUCAUCCAAAUUGGGUAUUCUCGAUAUGCCAUGCGAGAUUCGACUGGAGGUGUAUCGUCAUCUCUUGGUCCGGAAAAAGCCUAUACGCCCACGCCAGCUCACCCCUGACGAGAUCCCCAACACCCCCAACGAGAUCCCCAUCACCCCUGGCGAGUUCCUCAAGCGCAGCAUCAUUUUUACAUGCAAGAAGAUCUCCCAAGAGGCCAUUGAAGUCCUCUAUCGAGAAAACACUUUUGCCUUUGGGCCAGGCCUUUACACCAAGUACACCACGACGUGGGGCCCGCCCUCCGGUCCGCCAACGAAAGCGCCAAAGGCAGCGGUCCUCACAGGCAAAAUAGAAAACGAGGAUGACAGAACAGCCAAGAGACUUUCCAGAGAAUCCGCCAGAGCAAAGAGAGAAGCCGCCAAAGCAGAUACUCGCUGGAGAGGCCAGCCCGAGCCCAAGCCCUCGAUCUCGAUCAAAAGCGACAUGGAGUUCUUCUUCAACCACGCCAGCAGCGCCAACGUCAGUGUCAUCCGUCGCGUCCUUCUGAGAGGCUUCCCCUGGUCGGCGUGGCAGGACAAGAAGCCCUUGAGCAAUAACGUGAAGCCGAUCGUCACCCACCUCCAAAACUUCUCCCACGGCCUCGACUCCGUGGAGAUUGAUAUGCCCGACGACACCGCGGUGAGCUUGCGCGGGGCAAUGAAAAAGUCGAAUCAGUCGCGAGCUCCAGAAGACCCCCAAAUUAUCGAGGAUGCCUUUCACGAGGAUCGGAAAAUUCCAAAGGGUAUUGACCCCGAAGACGAAGUUUACGCGUUCCUCGCUGCCGUCUACGCCACGAUGGGAAGAAUUAAGGGCAUCAAGUCACUCUCUGUCAAGAUGACGCCUCUUUCCAAGGACGCGGAUCGCAAGCAGAUCUCGAUGAGGAGUAUCUUGAAGUUUUGCGGAUGGAUCAAAGUGAGCGAGCCUUCCAAGGUCGACACUACUCACCCGUUGCUUCCUUGGAUAGAAGAGGAGCUUGGUGUCGACUUGAGGGUUCGCGAGUGCUUGCCUGAGGAUCUGUACAAGUUGUUGCACUACAAAGAGUACAUCUAUAAGAAGCACGGAGUUUCUUUGCAGAACCGGUCAUCCAAAGAUGGUUGUUAG